AUGACAAAAGGGAAACUAAUUUUCAAGCAUCCAUCUGUCAAAUAUCUUUCUCAUAAAAGUAUAAAGACGACGAUAUUUAUUAAGACUAAAACACCAUAUGUUUCUGCAUUGAAAAGGAUCAACAAGUUUCUAGAACAACUGCAGCAUCAUAAAAGCGAAUGCGUAACAGUGCUAGGUAUGGGAAGAGCCAUAAACAAAGCUCUAGCAAUAGCCUGUCACUUUCAGGAAGAGAAGGGGAAAAGGGUCGAAAUUUUAACUCAAAGUAUUGAAGUGUUGGAUGAAAUUACAGAAGACGAGCAAGAGGACGGGCAAGAUGACGAGUCACAUGAAAUCAAUGACGAGGAUAAAGAAUUAACUCUGAAAAAACGUACGAUAAGUGGGAUUAAGCUACUGAUUUAUCCGUAG